AUGGGUGCGUCGCGCGCGGUGCUGAUCCCGCGGAUCAAGCCGCGGCGGUGCACGGGCGGGACGGACGUGCCGACGUCCUCGCGGGAAAAUGACGAUCCCGUGACUCCCGCUUCGAGCGGCAGGCGGGCGUCCAAGGUGCAUCACGCGACACCGGCGCUGGAACCCAGACGAAAACCCCCGAGACAACCGCUGGCGAAUUGCAACGUCGACUCGACGCCGAAAACCCGAACGAAACCGGCAGCGAAGAGCGAGGGCGGGGCGCAGAAGGCUGCGGAUGCGCUGCGACGACACGCGGAUGAGGCGCGGACCGAAGGGACGAAGGCUGUGCGUCAGGCGGUGGAGGACGACCACGCGGGGAAGUUAGAGAGCGCGGUGGCGCUCUACGCCAAGGCAUUGCGCUACUUCGAGGUGUACCUGCGGCUGGAGCGCAACAAGCAGCAGACGGACGCGGUGCGGCCCAAGGUUGAGCAGUACCGAGCCAGGCUCGCGAAGCUGAGGGAGGUGGUCACGUCGCGUCACGCCGCGCAGGCUGGAUCUGGCGCGACUGAUGAAUCGACGAACGAAGCCGCCGAGGAAACCCGGUCGAACGACCAGCCGUCGGACAAGCGUCAUCACCGAGCGGCGCGGAAUGAGGCUCCCCCGAGGACCGAGCUCAAGGUGGUGCUCCCGCGGGGGGACUCCACGUUUGUCCUGGCGCCGCUCAGAUCCGUCGUGGAUGUGACAAAGGCGGGCGCGACAAAGGAGGACGGUCCGGACGAGUGGAGCCUGGAGGACGGGAACGGGGAGACGGAGGCGACCGACGCGACCGACGAGAUGGUCGCGCAAGUGGACGUGGAGAGGGAAUGGGAGGAGUUCGAGCGGAAGGUGCGGGACAGCCCGGAGGUUGAACUCGAGGCUGCGGUGUUGGAGGAGAGGAAAAAAUCACCCGCCAAAGAGGCUGCCGGCGAGCCCGCGCCCGCGCCCGAGCCGGAGCCGGAGCCCGAACCGGAGCCCGCACUCGCCAAAACCACCGAAGACGCCGACUCUCUCGCCGCGGAAUCCGACUCUGACGUCUCCUACGUGUGGGACGGACUGUCCGGGGGCGAGUACGGGAUGUGGAGCGACAACGACGGAGACGACGAGGGUUCCGACGAGGGUUCCGACGCGGGUUCCGACUCGUUCGAUAUCGACGGGGCGGUCAACGCGUGGACCUCGUGGGCAACCUCCAAGCUGGACACCCACCUGAAGAACCUGAAUACAAAGUACCAGUCGUCCUGGGCGCCCGCGGUGGAUAGGCUAAGGGAGCAGGCCAAGAAAAAGUUUGAGCAGGAGUGGGCAGCGCAGUUCCCAAGCGACGAGGAGUACAGAAAGGAGCUGGGCUCGAAGGAAUACCCUUCGGAGCUGAACUAUGCCCUUCCGGAGGUUCCCCUGGCGGAGAGGAUGGAUGAGGACCCAGCCGUGGCAAAGAAGGUGUCGUGA